CAGUGAUUCCCAGACUGGCUGACUGUGAGCUUGUGCUCUGAUCUGCCUGCUCUGAUGGGGUUUCAUGCCCUCGCAGGCACCGCUCAGGAACCUGAGGGCAUCACUGGUUUCUGCUGCUACUAUUUUUUCCCUCUAAUUUCUACCCAUUGACCAGACAAAACGAAUGAAAACUGGGACCAGACAAUCUCAGCCUAGAUGACGGCAAAUGGACCCUACACCAGUGACGCUCACAGCCAAACAAAAAGGGAGCUAAGAGAACCCUGAAUGCAACGCGGCCCAAAGACAACUGACAGAAAAUGAGAGUUUUGGUGUUUGCCCUCCUAUCCUCCCUUCCUUUGUCACAUGCCUGUCCAAAGGAGUGCAGCUGCACUAGCAACAGCAAGGUGGUGGACUGUCGGGGACGGGGCCUCUAUGACAUCCCUCGGCUACUGCAUCCAGCUACACAGGAACUGUACCUCCAAGAUAACCGUAUCAGAGGGCUGAGCUCAGUUGCUUUCAAGGAAAUACCUCUUGUCCGCAUUCUUGAUCUGUCUAAUAACUCUAUAACAGCCAUAUCACCGACUGCUCUGCUUGGUCUGAGGACAUUGCAGCACCUCAACCUGGCAUACAACAGCAUCAGAGAGCUUGACAAAAGGCUGUUUGGACCUAUACGCACUCUUUCCCACCUUGACCUCUCAAACAACAGCCUGUGGGGCUUGCCAGGAGCCAUGGGGGACAGUCUGAAAAACCUCAGCUACCUGGGGUUAGCAAACAACAGGCUAACAAGACUGGAUCGCUCAUUGUUGGAUGCCAUGACCCACCUGGACAGCCUCACACUAAGAGGCAACUUCUGGAGGUGUGAUUGCCAGCUCAUUGGCCUCAAACUGUGGCUGGAGACCUACCUCUUUAAAGGAGGAGUUGUGGAUGAAGUUCUCUGCACUCAACCAGAGGAAAUGAAGGACAAAGACUUGCAGAAAAUCCCAUAUCAGCUGUUUCAUGCAUGUAUGACUACAAGUUACCAUUACCUGUUUGCCAACAUACACCAUCUAGAGUCAGAGAAGCUACUGAGAGGCCACAUCCAUGGCAACCAUGCCCAUCCCUCCAGCCACUCGCUUCAUGUCCCCAUGGCGAUAGGUGAGGGUUUUGGUGUUGGUGGAGGGGGAGGAGGGGGAGGGGGCAUGGCAGAGUGUGAAACUAAACAGAGGCACCGCCCUGUCAACCUGCGCCAUGCAAUUGCCACGGUGAUCAUCACAGGUGUAGUGUGUGGGAUUGUGUGUUUGAUGAUGCUGGCUGCAGCAGUGUAUGGGUGUGCCUAUGCGGCAAUCAUGGCCAAAUAUCAGCGUGAGUUAAAGAAAAAUGAGGAGCUGGCUGCAGCGCAGGGGGCCGAUCAUGCUACAGCAGACGAAAAGGAACCACUGGAGAAUGCUAUUGCUUAAGAGCUGGUAAUAUUUUCCCUCGACUGUAAACUUCUUCCCUUUAACCUAACUAUCUCUGGUUGCCAUGUUCGGGUUUGCACAUAUGUGUAAAAAGUGAGAUUUUUUUCAUUUUUUUUAAAAAAAAGUUUACCUAAUAUUGAGAGUGGGGUAGCGAUAUUUAACAGGUAUUUGACUAUGCACUAAGAAGAGUAUCUUCCACUUUAAGCAGAUUUCAAAGGCUGAAUUCAAAUGUGAAUUCAAAAAUAUACAUUUUUUGUUUUGUCUGGGAAAAAAAGCAUAUCAAAAGCAUCUAAUAUAUAUUUCUAUGUGUGUACUUGUAGGUAUUCGUAACAUAAAGCUUUGGUAUUGGUAGAAUGAAUUAUAGAUUUUAUUUAUUUUUGUCAUUGCUCAUCAUUUUGAGUCUGUUUUUGACUCUCAGUAAUCCAUAUUAGGCAGCUGUUGUAUGUUGUGUCUUUUUUUAUUUGUAUUAGUAAUCUGCAAUUGAAAACAAUAAGUCUGUGAGUCUAACUUGUGCUCGAGGAAGUGUGUGUACUUGUACAUGUGUGUUCAGAGAAAGAUUUAUCAGAAAACAGCAAAUUUAAGAGUCUGUGCCUAAAUGCUUAAAGGUUUGUGAAAGAAAUAUAUUUUUGGAGAGAAUAUUUUCUGGAAACUCAAGUAAAAAUGAGAAAUUUAUUGCAGCAAUAAUGAAACAAACUAAAAAGAAAAUAGCUGGGACUCAGCCUUUUUGUAUGUCUUAUGAUUUUUUUUCAGUUCUUAAUAAAAGAAAAUUCUGUGAGGGUCAUGCUAAUACAUGCAAGUGCUGAUUUUUUUAAGAUCAGUCAUUUUUGUGACAAAAUACUAAUUACACAAUGGUAAAACUGUCCUUCAGUAUGUAUGAUAUAUAAUAAAGAAAACAUU